UCCGCUCAGAUGUCCUUGUAGCUAUGGAAACUCAUCAGCGGGCAGCAUCCUCCCGUUCGUCUACCCCGUCGUCUGGAAAGCUAAGCUCAAUUUGUAUGUAAAACAUCGGUUCAAAUGGCGAUGGGACGUCGUCAAACGCUUUCCUUGGUGCUCUUCUCAUGGCUGUGCAAGAGUGCAGCUUUUGCUGUAAUACUCCGAACAACUGAAAAAUCUGUAUGGACAAAUGAAUUUGAGUCAAUUGAGUUGACCUGCUUGAUAGAGUCCAUUUCGACAAACAAUCCCAGAAUUGAAUGGAAGAAAAUUAAAAAUGGUGUACCCAGCUAUGUGUAUUUCCAAAAUAAAAUUUCUGGUGACUUGGAGCACAGGGCUUUGCUGAGAGAGCCUGCAAACCUUCUGAUCCUGAACGCCAGCAGAUCGGACACGGCUCAGUAUCGCUGUGAGGUGGCGGCCAUCGACGACCAGAAGCCCUUUGAUGAAAUACUAAUCAGUCUCGCUGUAAGAGUGAAGCCGGUGAUGCCCAGGUGUAGUGUUCCCGAGGCAGUUACAGUGGGCUCGAGCACGGAACUGCGCUGUAUUGAGAACCAAGGCUUUCCACAGUCACACUAUCAGUGGUUCAAAAACAACGAGGAGCUGCCAGAAGACCCCAAAACCAGCAGCAAGUUCUACAAUUCUUCAUACACCAUGAACACUGAGACUGGUUCGCUGAAAUUCCGGUCGGUGAAGAAAGAAGAUGCAGGUGAAUACUUUUGCCAGGCCAGGAAUGAGGCAGGAUGGUCAAAAUGUAGUCCUCAGACCAUGGAAGUUUAUGAUCUGGACGUUGUGGGAAUAUUCCUGAAGGUGUUAGGUGGAGUGGCAGCGUUUAUAUUUGUCAUUGUGGCCAUCUGUCAGAUUCAGAAAAGUGGCUACUGUUCCUGCAAGGAGCAUAGGGAAACCAAUUACAAAGUACCCCAACAUGACAACAGGAUGGACUAUGCCAGUCCAGAUGAGGGACAUUUCCGCCACAAGUCCUCCUUUGUCAUAUAAAAUCAAAGAAGAGGAGACGAGCGCUUCAGUCGUGCAAAUGCCUUGUGAGCUGACUUUUGAACUGUCAAAUUCUGCUUUUUAUGCUGAGGCUUGCCAAAGUUAUCAAACAGGGACUUUUUACUCCCCUUAUUUUGAUUUAAACAGACAGGAAUCAAACCCAGGUUUACUUAAAACUCAGUUUAUAUGUGAAAAUGACAUUCAACUGAACAAAACUAAGAUUUAUAGCUAUUACAUGCAUCUUGUAAAGUACAAAAAAAUCAUUUUGCUUCAACAAAUCAAAAAGGAUUGAACUUAAGAAGUAAUAUAAAAGAUGCGUUUGUUAAGUCUUUCCAAAUAAUUGUGAAUUUCCCAAUGUCAGUUGCAGACUUCAAAUUAUAGCAAGGUCGAAAUUGCAUCCAGGUGCUGCUGUAUUUUUGCCCAAAAGUAGUCAACACAUAAUACCAGUGCAAGAAUUUACAUGUCUUCAAGGCAAAUAUUACAUUUCCCACUGGAAAUAUAGUGUGUGACUAUAUGAAGAAUCCUUUCAGUGUAAAUGUGCACGAUAUCUUGCCAAGACUGUUUAAUAUGGGUCACUUUUGACAAGAGGAUUUUAUGUUAGUGUUUCAGCCGUGGUUAUUUAGUUCACAAACUAUAAAUUUGUAGCAUUUAAGUUUGAGAUUUAAUCAGACAUCUCUGUAAAGUCAGUAGACUUAGUUGUAGAAGAUGAUUCAUUUACGUUUUUGAAAUAUUCCUCUAGAUACAGAUUACGCACUUGUGGGUUUUUCAGAGUGCCAUUUCUGUGUUUAAGUGACCUUCAAUGCUUUCUAAUUGUUUUAUACGUUUUGGACAUAUUGUCCAGGUUUUCUGACUCCGUGUUAUUGUUUUAAUCUAUUUAUAAUAUCUACGUCUAUUGUAGUUCACUCCAGAGUAGUAGUUAGAUCGUGGGCCGUGUCACAAGAAUAAAACUGAUUAUGUGGAAGCAGUCAACAUUGUCUAUCCUUUCAUUUUGUUUUGAAAACCUGUAGCUAGAUAUGUAAUUGGACCAUCAAAUUUACUUUGGUUUUAAACACUUGCAGUGGAAUGAGUUAUUAGCUUGACACUGGAAUUUCUUUUAGCUUCUUUUUUAAUAAUUUGACAAUAUAUUAGUCAGACAGGGGCCAGUAUAUUCCAAUAUAUAAACAAAUAUAAAUUAUUAGAAAAUUAUUCAAACUGUUUGUUGGCAAAACAUUUUAUUGUACCUUUUUUAUUUAAGGCUCAGUGUUAAACCAACCUUUUCAUACUGUUGAGUGCCAGGCAGUGGGCAAACAGAAUCCAAUAAGUGUAGUAAAGCAGUCAAUAAUAAACUCACACUGUUAAAAAUAAAGGACAACGGUUCUUUAUUGGCAUCUUUAGAUUAUUCUUUUCUUUUUCUUUUCUUUUUUAUUUCACACUGAGAAGAAAAUGGUUAUUUUGAGAAAUGAUUACUGAAAGGCUCUAUGGGGAACCCAGAAUAGUUUCUCAAUUGCAUCACUACGAAAACCUCCUUCUGGAACUUUUAUUUUCAAGAAUGUCGAGGACACUAGGCCACAAUGUUUCCAAAAAAAAUCUGUAUUUUAUACAACAAGACAAUGAAAUACCUGACAUUCCAGCUAUGGUUAAAUGUUCAAUGUGUAUCCUUAAUAUUUAAUGUUACACUGCAAAAAAAAAAAAAAA